AUGUGGGCGCCUCUGCUUUUGGCCGGGUUCUUAAGCGGCUGGUGGGGCGCACUGGCGCUCGCUGUGGCACCCCCCGCCAUUCGGGACACCCUCGGAAAAACGUCCGUGGCGACGACGACCAUCAUCGAGGCGAGGUAUUAUCGUCCACUGUUGAUAAAUAUAGUGGACGGGGCCGAAAUUGGCGAAAUUACGGGGUAUCAGUCGCAGGAAGUUCUGAGACACCCGGAGCACUCGUCGCCCGAAGUUCGCUCUGUUCGUCGCGAGGACCUUGACGAGGUCCCGCCGAUUGAUUUGAGCCUGGUGAAUUUCGAAGGAGAUUUCCACAGAGAUGGAGAGCCAUCCUCGGAGAAUGACAUGCGACAGAUCUCGUAUUACUUCACGACACGUGGAGCAACGCCCGAGAUGGAUCCUGGAAUUCGGCGAAUCACGCCGAAUUAUCCCAAGCGAACGGAGGACCUCGCGAAGGACACUCUCUCCGCCGUCGAGACGGAGACACGCGUUCGCGUCUUUCACCCGGAGAUUAACGAGUCCGGUCUGACUCGCGUGCCCCGUCACUCCUCGACGCAGGCACCCCUUGCGUAUCUGCCGGCGAUGAUGUCGACGCCGACGGAAUCGUCGAUGCAGCGGCCACGGGUCGCCAGAUCGGCGAAGCAACGACCAAAGAACCGCACCAGGGCGGACUCGCCGCGCGAGAAGCGACGCCGUUGCCAAAACAAGGACAGAGGCUGCCACGGGCAAAAUUGGUGUCCCGAUGUUGACGUGGGCAAUCGGGCCUACCUGGCGCCCACCGUGUUCAGGGGUAAGGCUCGCAGCAUGUCCUCGCGGAGGGAGGAGGGCGUGAUCUACGCGGUGACCUUUCUGGUAAAGCAGAUAUACAAGAGCCAGCCCGGCUUUCAGCCGCUGCAGAAGAACGACAGCGUACGGUUGCAUUUCCGCUACAAAAUGUCUGGCAAGUCGACCGUGUGCAACGGCCACGAAGCUGGCAACAAGGGUAACAAGCAGCAGCAGCAGCAGCGCGAAAAUCCGAGUGAUGUGGUGCGAGCCGAUAUUAAAAAGGGCAAAGUGUAUCUAGUGUUUGUGAAUCGCGUGGGACCCAGGAACUUCACGAUCCUCGGCGAGCCGGUGCUCCGAAACAAGAAGAACGAACAGGUCGUCCAAGCUGUCGUUCGACCGGAUUACGGUGAGUCCCAAAAAUUAUGCAAUUUAUGGAUCCUGAUUAGUAAAGCGGAACGCGUGCUGAUAGAAAAUCAUGAUCAAAGGUUCGGCGUAAACAGGAAAGAGGGAACCAUUUUUUGUUCCAGCUGA